AUGCGUUGGAGAACCUCUGGGGAAGUUUUAGAUGGCAAAGGUGACUCAACUUGUGCAAAUCUGCGCUGCAAACACCACACACCAAAACCUAGUGUGGCAUCGAAUGAGUUUGGUCAACAACAUGCUUUCAUUUCACUCGAUGGUGGCCUUCCUGCUUCUAAACCCUCAGUGGCUUUACAAGUGAUGCAGACACAAUUUGGCUAUGUCGAAGACGGAGCAAAAAAGAUGGCAGAAGUAAAGCUGAAUCUGUGUCAGAAGUGCGCCAAGAAGAUGAAGGCUUGUGCCAAACCAUCUGAACCGGUAGCGCCAAAGCCAUCCUCGUCCUCGCUCGUCGCCAGUCGCUCGACAGAAAUUCAUCAAGAUCCCGAUAGCUCAGUCGUCAGUCAAUCAGAAAGGGCCAAUUCUUCGCGACCUCGCAGGAAACGCUCACGAUCGACCAGCCCUCGCCGGCGUAGGUCUCGUUCAAGGAGUCCUCGACGUGAGAAGCCGUCGACAUGGCGUGCACACUCUAGAUCGCCCACCUCAGAUCGACAUGAGCCGCUCCAGUCUCAUGGGGAAUCAUCACAAUCCAACAGCCAUAUCCAGUUGAACGGUACCGAACAACCGAAAUUCGAACCUUAUCGAUCGACUAUUGCGCAAUGGCGGAAAAAAAGCUCAACUUGA